AUGACGGUAGACAAUGGUGGAUGGAUAGUCUUUCAACGUCGUUUCGACGGAAGUAUGGACUUUUACCGGAACUGGGAGAAUUAUACAUCAGGAUUUGGAAACCCAAAUAGCGAAUUUUACUUGGGAAAUCAAAUUCUACAUGAAAUUGUGACAAACGGAAGUUUCGAGCUCAGAAUUGACUUGGAGGAAGACACUGGGGAAUGGAGAUAUGCCAAAUAUUCUCAUUUCUCUAUCGGAGGUCCUGAGACGUUUUACACUUUAAGUGUCACAGGAUAUACCGGGAAUGCAAAUGACAGUUUUAGUCCUCACAGUGAAAUGAAAUUUUCAACUUAUGAUAUGGACAAUGAUAUUCACAUAGAUUCCGCCCUCAACUGUGCAUAUGUUUUCCAAGGCGCUUGGUGGUACGCAAUGUGUGCAGUUAGCAACCUUAAUGGUUUAUAUGGGUCAGAUAACCAAAAAGGUUUAUUUUGGUAUUACUGGCAUAACAACCAUCAACAUUCAAUAAAAUCAACACAAAUGAUGGUUAGAAUGACUAGUAAAUGA